GCAUCUGGCUAAACACAACUUCCUUUACAACUUUGGAACCACAAAUUCGAAAUAAAGUGAAACUUAGUAGUACAAACAUCAGGAGAGAACUUGAUAAGCAUUGUCAUAUUUCAACCCUUGUGGCUUUUCUGUUUAUUUCCUGUAUGUCCGCGGACUCAUUUGAAAUUUAAAUACCCACGCAAACUUAUACAUCUGUGAUCACUAACCUUUAUAUUAUCUUCAUUUCAGUAUCACUAUUUUCCUCUGAUUCUUAGUUUCCAAAAACACAUUUGCUAUAAUUAGCACUGAAGAUUUCUCGCAAAGAAGAUAAGAAAGAAUGUGAUUUGAUAUCUCAGUACAGAGACAUGACUACACCUUCAAGGCGAUCAAGCUCAGCAAGUAAUUCAGGCGAGACUAAAGCUAAUGAACGUUCCUUGGCAGCAUUACUAGGUGGUUGGCCUAAUCACAAGGCUCAACUGCCAGAAGAAUGUUCGGUUGAUACCGAAACCAAUGUGCAGGGUAGCAAUUUGAAGUCACAGAAUGCGACUUCCAAACUUUCUGACAUGGAGAAAAUGAAAGAAAGAUUUGCAAAACUGAUGCUUGGUGAAGACAUGUCUGGAAGUGGUAAAGGGGUUUGCACAGCUUUGGCUCUUUCAAAUGACAUCACUAAUCUCUCUGCUACAAUUUUCGGGCAACUGUGGAGAUUGGAACCGUUGUCUUCCAAGCAGAAAUCAAUGUGGAGAAGAGAGAUGGAGUGUCUCCUUUGUGUCUGCAAUCACAUUGUUGAAUUUGUACCGUCGUGGCAGAGAUUACCAGAUGAAAGUGAAGUUGAGGUAAUGACUCGUAGACCACGGGCAGAUCUUUAUAUGGACCUCCCAGCACUUCGUAAGCUCGACAACAUGAUCCUUGAAAUCUUAGACGGGUUCAGUAGCACAGAGUUCUGGUACAUUGAACCAGGGAACAUAGCCUAUAAUGAUGAUUUGUCAGCCUCCUUUCGCAAAACUAUGCAGCGCCAAGAGGCAAAAUGGUGGCUUCCUGUGCCUCGUGUACCCUCAGGGGGCCUCCUGGAAGAGACAAGGAAGCAAUUGAGCCAUAUACGUGAUUGUGCAAACCAGAUACUGAAAGCUGCCAUAGCUAUCAAUAACAUGGCCUUGGCUGAGAUGGAAAUUCCAGAAUCAUACUUGGAAAGUCUUCCAAAGAAUGCACGAACUUGUCUAGGAGAUUUCAUCUACCGUUAUAUCACUUCAGAACACUUCUCUUUGGAUUGCUUGCUAGAUUGCCUUGAUUUGUCUACUGAACAUUCCUCCUUAGAGAUGGCUAAUCGCAUUGAGGCAUCAAUUUAUGUAUGGCGCAGAAAUCCCCAUUAUGGUAGCCCCUUAAAUACUUUAAACCAGUCUCCAGCAAAAUCAUCUUGGGAGAUGGUUAGAGAUUUGAUAAUUGACGAAGAUAAGACAGAUUUGUUUGCUGAAAGGGCAGAAAGCGUUCUGCGAACCUUAAAACAACAGUUUCCCUGUCUUAGCCUUACUACACUUGACACCAGCAAGAUACAAUGCAAUAAGGACAUUGGAAAAUCCAUACUGGAGAGCUACUCUAGAGUCCUGGAGAAUUUGGCAUACAAUAUUGUUGCACGCGUUGAUGACUUGUUAUACGUAGAUGACUUGACUAGGCAAUGUGAUAAGCUCUCUUCAGUUUCUAAAGUAAGUGUGAUAAGUCGCAAAAGGGUCACAGUCCAUUAUCCGCUGUCGGCCUCAGGCACUCCUUACAAGUCCGCUUGUGCAACACCAAAAUUUUCACCAGCACAGAUUGUAAAUAGUCCUGCUAAGGCUGAAAAAAGUCCACUUGGUGAUGGAAACAACAGCAGCAGGAUCAGUCAUCGCGGCUUUGGGGUGAGAAAAGUGUUGUCUAAUUAUCUGGGCUGCGAUGCGGAUGUUAAUAGCUGUGUCAGUGAUCAUCAAGGUUCAUAUUCUGUUGGUAGAAAAAGUGUGGAGGUGCUAGCAUCAAGUAAACAGAAGGAAAAUUCAGAGCCCUGAAAUUGAGUUCAGCUCUUUAGAGUAAACUAGUCAAGUAUAUAGGAAUGCUGAAAUGCUGCUUGGUAGUCUCAUAGUGCAUUGUAUUGUCACAAAGACACAUUCAUGUGUGAGAGUUAUUUUGUUCAAGUACUACAAUGUCUAAUACAUAUCUUGUUGGACAACUGAGUAAAGGAAACAUAGUGAAUGAA